CUCAGCAGACACGUAGUUUCCGGUCGCGUGUUGAAGGCGGUGGUGUUGGAGUUAGCCGUGAAAAGUCAGGAAUGCAUAGAUAGAGACUUACCGCAGUACUCAAUUAGCUAGAUCCAGUAUAUAUUUACUCAGCGACCCUAUAAAGGCAACCUGGAAGAACCGGGAACAUCAAAGACAUCCACGCAACAUGGAUUUUCUAUAAAACCGUCAAAAUGUGAGAUGACCCAGGAGAAAAAGCAGACCAACUGCAUGAUGUUGGUCAAAAGAAUGCUCACGAAAGAUGGGAAACCUGGUCUGGGCAAAGCCAGCGUGAGCCAUGCGGUGGUGGUCAUCUUCUUGGAGUUUUUCGCCUGGGGUUUGCUCACGACUCCGAUGCUGACCGUUCUGCAUGAGACGUUUCCACACCAUACGUUUCUAAUGAACGGUCUCAUCCAGGGAGUGAAGGGACUGCUGUCCUUCUUGAGUGCCCCUCUGAUUGGUGCCCUGUCGGACACGUGGGGCAGGAGGUCCUUCCUGCUGCUCACUGUGUUCUUCACCUGCGCCCCCAUCCCGCUCAUGAGAAUAAGCCCAUGGUGGUACUUUGCCUUGAUUUCUGUAUCCGGGAUGUUUUCUGUCACCUUCUCUGUGAUAUUUGCAUACGUGGCAGAUGUCACGGAGGAACAUGAAAGAAGCGCAGCUUAUGGACUGGUGUCUGCCACAUUCGCUGCGAGCUUGGUCACGAGUCCGGCCAUUGGCGCCUACCUUUCGGCCAAAUACGGGGACAGCCUGGUGGUGCUGGUGGCCACCAUAAUCUCCCUGUGCGACAUCUGCUUCGUCUUCCUGGCGGUGCCCGAGUCCCUGCCCGAGAAGAUGAGGCUCAGUUCGUGGGGAACGUCCAUUUCCUGGAAACAGGCCGACCCAUUCGCUUCCCUGAGGAAAGUGGGGAAGGACUCUACAGUGUUACUCAUCUGUAUCACAGUAUUCCUGUCCUACCUGCCCGAAGCAGGCCAAUAUUCCAGCUUCUUCCUCUAUUUACGACAGGUUAUCGGCUUUUCGUCCGCCAGGAUCGCGGGGUUCAUAGCGAUGGUGGGGAUCCUGUCGAUCGUGGCUCAGACGGCCUUCUUGAGAAUUUCAAUGCGAUCGAUUGGGAAUAAGAACACGGUGCUCCUCGGACUUGGGUUUCAGGUAUUCCAGCUGGCCUGGUACGGGUUUGGAUCAGAGCCGUGGAUGAUGUGGGCGGCAGGUGCGGUGGCCGCCAUGUCCAGUAUCACCUUCCCAGCGGUCAGUGCGCUGGUGUCCCGCAGCGCUGAUCCAGGGCAACAGGGGGUGGUGCAGGGAAUGAUAACCGGCAUCCGCGGGCUGUGCAACGGCCUGGGCCCCGCCCUCUACGGGUUCAUCUUCUUCCUCUUCAACGUGGAGCUCAACGACAACCCGGUCCAGACCGACGGCUCCAAGCCCCUCCAGAAUCUUACCGACAAGAGGAUGCCGGUGCCUGGCCCCCCCUUCCUGUUCGGCGCCUGCACGGUGCUGCUGGCCCUGGCGGUGGCCUCCUUCAUCCCCGAGUGCCACAGACUGGCGGUGAAGACCUGUAGCGCGCGGAAAGCUAGCGGCAGCGGCAGCGGUGGCAGUAGCGGCCUCCCGAGCGAAGCCCCGCCCCCCUGCAGCGACGAGGACUUCGAGCCCCUCCUGCAGGACAGCACCGUUUGACCAGCGAGGGGGGUGGGGGGCACGCCCCAACAAACCAGCUCUCUCCCCGGCCCACGAGGACCCCGCGGAUAUCGGAAAGGCUUUCACAACUCCGCUCUGUCUGGACCAAAGUACAGAGGUCACCGCACACCCCCCCCCAUGCGCCCCCCACCCAUUCCAGAAAAGAGUUCACAGAAGUUGCACAUUUUUUUGCUAUAUUGAACAAGGAUUUGAUCAUGGGUUUUAUAAUUAUGGAAGUUGUUAUUCCAGUGUUUUUAUGCUGUGGAAUAUGGAAUCUGUCAAAUGAGAAUCAGAAUCGUUUUUUUUUUCCCUUUUUUUUUGGUCCUGCCACUUAAAGAAAAAGUGCUGAAAUCUCCCAAGAAGCUAUCAUGCUGUAUUCCCUGUUUCAGGAUGAAAUGGGUCUAUAGUAUUUUUGUGAUAUUAGUUACAGGUUUAAAUUGGCUGUGCAAAUGUAUUUGUUGUUUUUUAUUUCCUUUUGUGGUAACAAAUGGAGGUAGGGUGUUACAGUGUGAAGUUUAUAAAGUUUAUUCAAAAGUCAGUAACUAAGUUUAGAAAUAAUAUAUUCAUACUCUGUUUUCUACUAAAAGCUAGAACAGUAUGAUUUUAAGCCCUUUUGUUUGGUUGAAUUCUUAUUGAAAGUCAGUGUGUGCAAGUCAUCUGCUUAGCAGUUCAGUUCUUGCGGUGUGACAGAUGAUUAUGGAGCUAAUGGAGAUAAUUGCUCUUAUAUGCCUACAAAUAACAAGUCCGUUUUGAACACAAAAUAUUCACGAGUCAUUUUUUUUUUUUUUUGCUGCUAACAAGUCCAGCUAACAAGGGCUCCCAGAAGCUGCCAAAAAAAUAAACAAAAAGAAAAAAAGAUCUUUCAGCUACACAGCGGAUCUCUGAGAUCACUGUUGCUGUGCAGAUGCUGAACAGGUUUCACUGAUCUUUAAAGUGUGUGCGUGGAUUGACACGGGGCUCACAGAAUGGGCUGAGCCAUCCAUUUCAUAUACUGAUCUGUGCAGCGUUGGUUUAAAAAAUAAAUAAAUAAAGAAAUAAAAACGAGCGCGAUGCUCUUGCAGCUGUUUCUCGGAAGAAGCGGGGAAGAGAGGAGCGAAAGAAAGAGGAAGCCAACGGCCGAAGGAUCCGGGUGCCAUGGCAACAGAACAUGCAGGACAAAAAAAAGAGGAGGAGGAGAGUUUGAGGGUCUUAUUAAGCCAUUGCAGAGAAGACGAGUGCCUAUUAGAUACAUCUGCAGAGAACCAGACUGCGUUUGCAAUGACUGGAGGGACCGUUGGGGUUAAGCAAACACCCAAGGCGGUUCGAUGUCAGCCCAUCUGUGAUUUUUUGUCCUUUGAUGGUUUUGCACCAUGACUUCAAAAACCUGUGAACGAGCUUGCUGGAAAAACUGCGAGAUGAGACUGAUAAUUGCACCCGUGUAUGCAUGCAGUCACCUGGGCCAUAACCCUAUGGCUUCAGAGGAAAUUCAAUAUUGUAAACCUAUGGCUCCGCACCUUCCGCGCGAGCCCAGCGGUAUAGAGCCCGGUAAUGCUCACGGUUUCAGAAACCGUGCUGUCAGGGAGGUGAUUUUUCUUCAUUUUCUGAUUGGUCAAGGAUACAUAAAUAUUUCAGUUUCGCUUGAAGCGGAGGACUGGGGAACGGAGUUCACGCAUGAACAGCCUUUGCACUGUGGUGGGUCGUAAGAGGGGAGAGUAGUCAAAUGCUAGCCAAAUACUGGGUCCCCAGAGACAAUUAUCUCAGUGUUUACUGAUCAAUCUGGGUGAGUUCAAAGAGAAUUUUAUCCCUGUACUGUAAGUACUAGCCUUAAUACUUACUGAACCCAUAUCCAGCAAUCAGAACGCAGUCAAUUUUGGUGAUCUACUCUUUUGAAAUCACGCUUUGGCAAGUCUGUGAUCCGUUUUCAUCCAAACUAGCCCAGGGCCACGCCUUGUCAAAGAGAAUUGUAAUCACACAAGAAGCUGUUUUUUUUUAUUGUCGUUUGUCUUGCAUUGGUGCAGUGAAACUUAAUGGCAGUUGAAAUACUUGAGAGAUGGUACAGACUGUUGGUGAAGUAUAAAUUCAGUUCAGUCCUAUGCAUUAUUGUAUACUUAUUCAAUUUGUAUACUUGGUUCAAUUUCAGAUACUGGAUGCUAUGGCAAUCGUGUAUCAUUUUGUACAAUUACAAAUGAUCCAUUGGCUGAUUUUGAAUUGUAUAGCUAGUGUCACUGAGGAAUGCUUUUAGGGAUGAUGCGUUUUAUUUUUUAAUAAAAUUUUUGGAGACAUGUUUGUACCAUAAAAGUUUGCACUCAGUUAAACCUUUCUUAAGAGUUAUGACUUCAAGGCAUAACUAUAGUCUUGCGUGGAACAAAUAAUUAGAUAAAUAGCUAAUUUUUACUCCCAUUCCGCAGUAUGUCACUAGCUACCUCAAACCUUUCAUUAUAUUUUAUUAUUCUUUUAUAUAUUUUUUUUUUGGGUGGGGGGAGGGGGGUGGAUUUUUUUUUUUUCUGAACAAUAUUUGGAAAACAAUGCAUAUUUGUUUUAUGCUUUUAAUGUGUAAAAUGAUGCAGCUCCUAUAUUUCACACAACCCUGGAAAUUAAGAAUUAAACCGGAUGGAACAAAAUUA